UUUUUCAUUUUUUUCAUUCAUUUACUAAUAGAGGAACGAAUAAGCCAAUAAUGAAGCUAUUUGGUAUAGCCACCUUUCUCUUUUGUACAUUUCAUGCUUUUGUAUUAGCUCAACAAGCAGUCCAGAAUGGUUCUACUGUUACUCCUGUCAUUUCACAGUAUAGCAACUUAUUUCAAAAUACCGGAGGAAAAGUGCUCCAUGACAAAGUGAACGUAUAUAUCAUUUUCUAUGGUAACUGGAGCGCGCCUCAAAACCAACAGGAACAGAAUAUUUUUAUGCAGUUUAUCGAUAAUAUUUCGACCAGCUCUUGGUUCAAUUUGUUAAAACAAUAUUCAGACAGUGACGGGCAUUCAGUUACGGGACCCCUUAAUUUGGCAGCCGCUGUCAACGAUGCAGGAAGUCAUUCAUUAAACCUGACCAAUUCUGUCCAUAAACAAAUUAUCAUUGAUGCUGUCAAUUCCGGUUAUCUGUCACCUACAAAUCGUAUUGACAGUAAUGGUGUUUAUAUCAUCAUGGGUGGACCGGAUGUUGCUGAUGCUGAUUUUUGUAAAUCAAAUUGUGGAUAUAACAGUUAUAGUGACGAAUUCCAAUACAUGUUCAUAGGUUACCCUAGUGUCUGUCCAGAGACUUGUAUCCCAACAAUGAAUAAGAAUAAGUCACCCAACAAUUCACCAGCUAUUGAUGCUGCUAUCACUAUCUUUUCACAUGAAAUUCAAGAUAUUUUGACAGACCCCAGAGGUGAUGCUUGGGUUAUCAAAACUGGCGAUAAUGUUGAUGUAGAAUUGGGAGAUUUCUGCUCAAGCCAAGGUACCAGCUCCGACCAAUUUGGAAACCUUGUGCAAACGCAAAGCGGCAGUUACAACCUAGAGUUGAACAAUAUGAAAUACUUGGUUCAAACGAUUUUCGAUCUUGAAUCCAAACAGUGUAAGCUCGAUUCGUCUUAAGACAAUGCUCCUUUCCUCUGUAUGUAUACCCGAUUGAAUCCUCCAAAUUGUACCUUUAUGUAUAUCGAUAAAAACCAAGAUAAUCCUUGAAGAAAAGGUGUUUUUUAUUACAUAAAAAAAUGUUUAAACUCAUUUUAUAGAAUUUGAAUUGAGGUUAAAUAACCGUCAAAUUUGCAAGAGGAUGACUAUUAUCUGCUUCAUUCGCUUCUCGUCUUACUUAUUAUUGCAGCUCCUUACCUAUUAUCACGUCUGGC